UAAAGCAUCACAGGUAUUUAAGCUGUUGAAUGCUUCAUUGACCGUCUUCAGAUACAAUUGGACUCCUGAAGCUACAAUAUCCAUCAUGCUGGAGGUAGAAUCCAAUGGAAGUUUAUGUAACUGUAAAGUGGAUGAUGAAGCUGUGGUGUUAUUGCCAAGAACCAUUGAACCAUUUCCAGAUUCCAGUGGGUCAAGUGUUGAUGUAGCAGAUCAUUCAUUGACCAUAGCCUUUGAUGACAUCAUCGCCAUAGUAAAGGAAGACACAACAGCUGCCGGAUCCUCAGAAUUACCGGCUUUGUCUACCAUCAUCCAUUAUGUCAGGAAAGUUCAUGAUGAUCCAAAAUGGAAUCUUGAAACUGUCAAGAUAACUCCAAGCCCUUCAAAGAAAGGGGAGUAUGAAACAUUUCUGCAGGAAAUACAACCCAAGUUUGACAAAGUUGUUGAAACAAGACCUAAGAAGCUGGUUGUCCUGAUGAACCCGAUUGGAGGAAAGAGACAGGCCGGGACUAUGUUUGACACGGUGAUGUCACCUUUAUUUGAGCUAGCCAACAUUUCCUGCCAUCUUAUUGUUUCAGAAGGACCAAAACAUUUGAUUGAAGUGAUAAAGACAUAUGACUAUAAGAGUAUGGAUGGGAUUGUAAUGAUGGGAGGUGACGGCACGUUUUCUGAGAUUAUUAAUGUCCUGAUGAGAAAAACUCAAGAAGAAGCAGGUAUUGACUACAAUGAUACUGCCGCUAAACUUCAGCAAGUAUCGACUCCACUGGCUAUCAUACCAACAGGAACAGGAAAUGGAGUUGCAGAAGGUCUAUAUGGAUGUCAAGAUGUCCUCACAGUUACACUCCACGUCGUCAGGGGUAAAGUACGCACAACCAGGCUACUAGGAACAUACGCUGACGAUAAACUGGUAGGCUACAGUGGCUGUAUUUCUGGCCUAGGACUUGGUGCAGACAUGAUGUACAUUGCAGACAAAAAGCUUCGCUGGAUGAGGGCUGCCCGCUACCUUGCAUUACCUUGGGUCUUCAUGUUCAGAGGUAUACGUCAUGUCAAAGCUGAGUUCACGCUGAACAAAAGGUAUUGUCUUAUUCUUAUCAUUCCAUUAUCAGAUAUUAGAGAACAUAUCACAAAGUUGAGAGAUAUCUGUCCAUCCCAAUCUGUCUAACCGUCCAUAUAGUGUUUAAAUACAGACAAGCCAGGUUCCUAUCAGACAGUCAGAUUGGAACUUCUCUUCCGUACACCAUAUCCUCCUCAGUUUCUCAGGUUUACAUUGCAUGUGUAGAUAUCAAGAAGCUUUGGGUAUUGUUUCUUAGCUUACACAGCAUGUCUAGGGA